UAGGUGAGCAUUAUUUAAAUGUAGGUACUACUGUAGUUGUUUGACUUUCCUUGAAAAAUGCAAUGAUAAGGAUAAUGAUGUAUUUAUUUGACCAGUAACCACUUUAGCAUUUAUUUUUUUUUUAUUUUUUUUUUAGGGGAAACCACUUUAGCAUCUAAACGUGCGAUUUAAUCCCAAUCUACAAAAAUUGAGAUCAAAUACAUUUUUUCAUUCGGUAGAACUACUAAAACUAUGGAGAUUUCAUGGCUAAUUUCACUCAUAUUUUUCCUUUCAAUCCCCAUUUUUCUCAUCCUAAAAUCAUUAAAACCCUUAAAUAAUAAACUAAAAUUUCCACCAGGACCUCCAAAGCUACCCAUCAUAGGAAACAUACACCAACUCGCAUCAUAUAAAACCCCACCACACCACCUUCUACAAGACCUAGCUAGGGUGCACGGUCCUAUCAUGCACCUUCGACUAGGGGAAGUUUCCACCGUGAUCAUCUCCUCCGCUGACGUGGCAAAAGUGGUGAUGCGAGCCCAUGACGCCAACUUCGCUAACCGGCCUAAGCUUAUUGUGGCUAAGGACGUGUUCUAUGAUUACUCUGAUAUUGGACUUGCCCCGUACGAUGAGUAUUGGAGGCAAGUUCGUAAGCUUGCAACCCUCGAACUGCUUACGGUUCGAAGGGUGCAGUCGUUUCGAGCCAUUAGAGAAGAGGAGGCUACCAUGUUUGUGGAGUCUAUUGCCGAGAGGGCAGCUCAAGGGUGCUCGGUUAAUCUUAGUGAAAGGGUUUUUGGCGUUAUGUUUGAUAUUACAUCUAGGACGGCUUUAAACAAGAAAGGGAAAGAUCAAGAAGCAUUUAGAGCAUUAAUAACACUAAUGUCAAAGCUUUUAUCUGGUUUCUCAAUUGCUGACCUUUACCCGUCCAUCAAGUUGCUGCAUUCAAUUGGUGGGUUGAAGAAAUCAGUGAAAAAGAUAGUUGAUGAAUCAAAUAGAAUACUCGAUCCCAUAAUUCAAGAACACAAGUCUAACAUGAUACAAGGCAAAGUUGAUCAAGAGGAUUUAGUAGAUGUUCUUUUGAAGUUUCAUAAAGAGGAUCCUAACAAUAACGAUUUCUCCUUGACCAACAACAACAUCAAAGGAAUAAUCUUGGAAAUUUUUAGUGCUGGCACUGAAACAUCUUCAACAACAAUAGAAUGGAUCAUGUCCGAGUUGAUAAAGAACCCAAAGGCAAUGGAAAAAGCACAAAAUGAAGUUAGGGAAGUUUACCAAGGGAAAGAAACAAUUGAUGAGACAAGCCUAGAUGAACUGAAGUUUUUGAAGUCGGUAAUAAAAGAAACAUUAAGACUGCACCCUCCUGCACCUGUCUUAAUCCCAAGAGAAUCUAUUGAGCAUUGCCAAAUUUGUAGCUAUGAUAUACCUCCUAAAACUCGAGUCAUGGUGAAUGCACGAGCCAUAGGGAGAGAUCCGAAGUAUUGGCAAGAUGCCGAUACAUUUAAACCUGAAAGAUUUGAGACGUCUCACAUAAAUUAUAAAGGUAACAAUUUUGAAUUCAUCCCAUUUGGUGCAGGAAGGAGGAUGUGCCCUGGUGUGACACUAGGUAUCGCGAAUAUUGAGCUUCCUCUAGCUAUGUUGCUCUACCAUUUUGAUUGGAAGUUACCUAAUGGAAUUAAGUCUGAAAAUUUAGACAUGAAUGAAUUGUUUGGAAUUACUGUGAGAAGGAAAAAUGAUCUCCAUGUAAUUCCUAUCCCUUAUAAAUAUUCAGGUUUUAGACAGUAAUGUAGUUCCUAUCUUUACUGGUGAAUUAAUUAUGUGAUAUAUUUUGUUGCUUAUAAAUAAAAAUAUACUAAUGUGUUAGUGAUUUUUAUGGCA